CACGCACGGCUGCCUGCGAAGCUUUACUGCGGAGAAUAGACGUCCUUUUUUAAUUCUGUUAGCAGCACGAGCACGGCCGCCUUUUUACACUGGUUGAGGUAAUCGCAGCGUGUACUGUCAGCCAUGGCUUCUGAAGAACCAAAAGCAAAGAAACAAAAACUUUCAGAGGAGGAGAAGACAGAGUCUCCGAGCAAAAAGACUCCAGCCAAACUAAGCCCUAAUUCGCUCUUUGGGAUGGGAAAUCCUCUACUGGACAUCUCUGCUGUAGUGGACAAAGACUUCUUAGACAAGUACACUCUGAAACCCAAUGACCAGAUCCUUGCAGAGGACAAGCACAAAGCACUGUUCGUAUUUCCUAUGUUAUUUGAGGAGCUAGUGAAGAAGUUCAAAGUUGAGUACCACGCUGGAGGAGCCACACAGAACUCUAUAAAGAUUGCUCAGUGGAUGAUCCAAGAACCCCAUAAUGUGGGCACGUUCUUUGGCUGCAUUGGCAAAGACAAGUUUGGCGGGAUCCUGAAGCAGAAGUCCGAGGAAGCCCACAUCGAUGCCCGUUACUAUGAGCAAGAUGAAGAACCCACAGGGACAUGUGCUGCUUGCAUCACUGGAGAUAACAGGUCUUUGGUAGCUAACCUAGCUGCUGCUAACUGUUAUAAGAAGGACAAGCAUCUAGACCUGGAAGACAACUGGAAGCUGGUGGAAAAAGCUAAAGUCUACUAUAUUGCUGGUUUCUUCCUGACCGUCUCUUUGGAGUCCAUCCUGAAAGUGGCGAAGCAUGCAUCUGAAAACAACAAGCUGUUUUGCAUGAACCUCUCUGCGCCGUUCAUCUGCCAGUUCUUCAAGGAUAACCUCAUGCAGGUUAUGCCUUACGUUGAUGUGUUGUUCGGCAAUGAGACAGAGGCCGUUGCAUUCGCUGAAGCGCAAGACUUUGAGACCAAGGACAUUGAGGAAAUUGCAAAGAAAGCCCAGGCUUUGCCCAAAGUCAACGCAAAGAGACAGAGGAUUGUAGUAUUGACCCAAGGGAAGGAUGAUACUGUUGUGACCAUGAGUGACAAGAUCGAGACAUUCCCCGUACUGAAGAUUGACCCCAAGGAUAUUGUUGAUACAAAUGGUGCAGGUGAUGCCUUUGUAGGAGGUUUCCUGUCUGAGCUGGUCCAGGAGAAACCACUGGAUCAGUGUGUGAAGGCAGCACACUACGCUGCCAACGUCAUCAUCAGACAAGCGGGUUGCACCUUCCCAGAAAAACCUGACUUCAACUGAGGAUUCCCAGACAAAUUUUCCUUCAGUCUGAAAUCUCAUACUCCAUACAACCUGCCAUACACAACUGCAAAACAUAAUUUCCACUGUUUUCUACAAAUACAACCCUCAAUUCUCAUAGCCACAUUUCUUUCUAAUCAGCCACCCAUCCAUGUUUUUUUUUCAAUUCAUCUGCAGAUAAUUUCCUUCCAAUUGUUAGGUGGGUGCCCCCCCCCUGACAUGUGUGCCUGUCUCUGUUCUCCACUUGGGACCCCCAGAGGAUCAUACGGCCAAGAGCCAAUAGAGAUUUGGCUAUAUAUACCUGGACAUAAAUGACCAUAAAGGAAUUAUGAUACCAUCUCAGGAAGUGAUUUUGCUUUACACAAAGGAUCUAAAUGGGAAGUCUCUUUUUAUAGACAGUUGUUUUUGUUUCUCUAUCUGCCAACAUCUGGCUGCACUGACGCCUAUCAGACUGCUGCAAGCUCUCGCGUUGACAUCUCUAGAGUUUGUUGUUUCUUCCCCUUGGAGAGAGAAUCAAAGCCCAAGAAGUUCAUUUCACAAUGAGAGGACUCAUCAUACUAAAAUAGGACUAAUGCAUAAAAUAUCACAGAGUAAGGUAGGAUUUGGAUACUGCAAUGAAAUGUGCAGUAGUGUUUUUAGACUUUUUUAAAGUUAGUUAUUCCUGAUGUAUUACUUUUUAUUGUGUAGAUUUAAUUUAACAGGCCAGUUAUGAAACCAAAUGUUUUUCUUUUAAAGUGCACAAUUUUUAAAUGUGGCAACGCCUCUGCCCACUUAGUCCUGUGAUGACCGCUUAACUCUGUCAAUUAUAUUCAGAAGUUACCUUCAA